AUGUCUUUUUAUGAGUUAAGUGCCGUGGACAUUAAUGGUGAGAAAUUCUCUUUCGAAACUUUGAAGGGGAAAGUAGUUUUAAUAGUCAAUAUGUCUUCACAGAGUGGACUAGAUCCUCAAUGUAAAGAAUUGAACAAUUUAUACAGGCGAUUUAAAGAGUCUAAUUUUGUAAUAAUUGGUUUUAUUUCAGAUCAACUAAUAAAUGAAAGUAUAAUGAAUCAACCUUCUUCGCCUUCUAAUGUUAUCGAUGAAGUAACUUCGAAUUUAAUGUCGCCCUCAUGUAAUGUUGAAUUUUUAAUAAUGGAUAAUAUCGAUGUCAAUGGUCCUAAUACUGAUCCUGUAUUCAAGUUUUUGAAAGAAAGAAAAAAAGACUCUGCUGGGUUUCAGGGUAUAAAAUGGAAUUUUGCAAAGUUCCUAAUUGAUUCAAAUGGAAAUGUUGUUAAAAGGUUUCAUCAUAUAUUUCACCUUCGGCAAUGUACAAAGAUGUCGAAGCAUUAUUAUAAAGUUAAGUUUACCAAUGCAGCUUUCAUUCAAGCAUCAUACAUUUAUCAAUUACUUUUUAUCAUUAAAACAUUUCGAUUAUUGGAAAAUUAA